UGUAAUCAGGUCCCAUUUUCCAAAACAUCAAGCACUUAUAAACCUAUAACAAAUGCAGAUAGCCGCUGUGAAUCACUGACAACACAUUUAGAGUGUUUUACCUAAAAGAAAUUAUCUUAUUGAAAUGGCUGACAUCCUGACGUAUGGGCUGGCUUAUGGGCUGGAUUGGUGGAGUGAAACUUGCUAUAAAAGGGAAACCAAGAUAACAGUCAGUCCACCUUGUUCUCAGGUUGCUGCUGAGCCAAGAUGAAGAUCAUUGCUGUCUUUGCACUUUGCGUGACCCUGUUCUGCCAGGGAUACGGCAACACCCUGGACUCCUGUCAGGGUCGCUGUGGUUAUGGAACAGACAGUAAUUACUCCUGUCAGUGUAACCAAGCCUGUGAGCGCUUCAAAGACUGUUGUUCGGACUAUGUUGAGUUCUGUAAAGUUGGAUCCAUGUCUUGUAAAGGCAGAUGUGGUGAGAAAUACAACUCUCAGAACAAGUGCCACUGCAACUCCAAGUGCACCAGGUACAAUAACUGCUGCAGCGACUACGCAGAACUCUGCAACGGUGGUGGGGGCGGUGGUGGGGGUGGCGUCGUUGUCACUGAUGCUGAGAUCAAGGCUAUCUCUGAGACACUUUUCGCUCUGGACUCAAACAAGGCCUCAGCCUCAGAGUUGAUCAUUGACCCUCAAGCUCUGGUGCCAGACUCUCAGACCGGCUCCCAGACAGAUCUCUCCUCUGUGCCCUUGUUCAGCUAUGUGGACGAGGAGGUCCUGUUCUCCAAGCCAACCUACGCAGCUCUCCUGGCUGUGCUGGACAACUACCAAAGGAUGACAGGACAGACAGAGGACUUCAGUCCUCAGCAGCUGGCUGAGCAGGAAACCUUUGUCAAUGAGACCAUGUCCAACACUGAGCUGGGCAGAGAGCUGUUUGCCUUCCUCUACACCAAGGGUAUUUACGCAUCUGAGGAAGAGUUCCUUCAUGACUUGAAGAUGAUGUGGUUCGGUCUGUACUCCCGCUACAACAACAAGAUGGAUUCCAGCGGCUUCGAACACAUCUUUGCAGGAGAGGUCAAGAAAGGAAAGGUGUCUGGUUUUCACAACUGGAUCCAGUUUUAUCUUCUUGAGAAAAGAGGAGUGCUGAACUACUACAGCCACAGCUUCGACGGGCCUUGGACCAACUACCCCGAUGUCUUGGGGAUGCAGUUCAUGUGGGACGGUUACUACAAGCAGGUCGGUUCCGCAAUCAUCGGCUCCAGCCCUGAAUUUGACUUCGCCCUUUACAGCCUCUGCUACAUCACUCGCCCUGGAAAACAGUGUUAUCUGAGCCUGGGAGGAAAGACGCUGAUUAUCCAAACUUACACCUGGAAUAACUCUUUCUAUGGUGAUGGGAAGAAGUUUAUCGGCUCUGCCUUUCCUGCAACCCCCAGGAACUGAAGCUGUCAUCGACGAAGAGUCCAAAAUAAAGAGUAAGGUCUAGACCUGCUCCAUGUAAAAAGUGCCAUGAGAUAACUUCUGUUGUGAUUUGGUGCUAUAUAAAUAAAAUUGA